UGCAGCACAUGAAAUUGUACCUUAAGAAAUGCGAUUGAAAAUAGACGAAUAGAUCUUUAAUUCCUGUCACGUUCUUUCAAAAAUUGUCAAAAACGAUGAAUUCGUCAGCGCAUAGAACCGAUAUAGAAAAUAAUAGAGAAGAUGGCGAUAAUCUCGAUAUAUACAACGUUGAGGAUAGAGAAAGGUUAAUCAAGCCGAGAAACAAUUUUGCAUCGUACUCCGAGAAUAUCGAUGUACGAUUUCGUAGCACUAUCGACAAUAAUGUAGCAUGCAGCAGCAUAGAAGCUAUCUCCAGUCAUUCUAGAAGGUUAAAUAUUGGGGACAUAAUUCCAGGAGCAACCAAUUUCCUAUCAACCAAUUACGAAAGCUUAGAUUAUGAUCCGUGUGAAAAUUAUCUUCUACAAGACGAAGAAAGGAAGAAGGGAUAUAAAUUUGUUGUUAAAAAAAAUUUUGCCAGAUGGUUCAUCUUUCUUUUGAUUGGAAUUUGUACUGCCCUUAUAGCAUGCUUUAUAGAUAUAUCCAUAGAAGAACUAUCCAGCUUAAAGUAUGGCUGGCUUAAGAAAUAUGUGGACCAAUGUGUGGUAAAAGGUUGUUUAUGGUUACCAUAUAUAAUGUGGCUAGUGCUAAAUAUAGUACCAGUUUUAAUAGGUGCCAUCCUAGUAUCCUACAUUGAACCUGUUGCUGCAGGGAGUGGUAUUCCGCAAAUAAAAUGUUACUUGAAUGGAGUUAAAAUACCACGAGUUGUACGUAUUAAAACUUUGGCUGUGAAAACUAUUGGCGUUAUAUGCACUGUAGUCGGAGGUUUAGCAGGAGGCAAGGAAGGUCCUAUGAUUCACUCUGGCGCUAUUGUGGCUGCAGGAAUUUCUCAGGGUAAAAGUACCACUUUUAGGAAAGAUUUGAAAAUAUUCAAAUAUUUUAGAGAGGAUCAUGAGAAACGAGACUUUGUGUCCGGGGGCGCUGCAUCCGGAGUAUCGGCGGCUUUCGGAGCGCCAAUUGGUGGAGUCUUGUUUAGUAUAGAAGAAGGGACUAGUUUUUUCAAUCAAAGUCUCACAUGGAGAACCUUUUUUGCUAGUAUGAUUACCACAUUCACUUUAAACGUGGUCUUGAGCACAUACCAUGGACACUUGGGAGAUCUUUCUUAUCCAGGCUUAUUAAAUCUAGGAAAAUUUGAAUCAAUUCCAUAUCAAAUUUAUGAGAUUCCUCUGUUCAUGAUAAUGGGCACGUUUGGCGGAUUACUCGGCGCUCUUUGGAAUCAUGUCAAUUACAAGAUCACUUGUUUUCGUUUGCAAUUCGUGACGCAAAAGUGGCUAAAAGUAAUUGAAGCUCUCCUGGUGGCGAUAUUAAGCGCGACAAUGGGUUUUUUGAUGAUAUACUUUAUCAAUGACUGUAAACCAUUAGGUAAUGAUCCCACCAAGUUUCCAGUUCAAAUGUAUUGUGCAGAAGGGCAGUACAGUGCCGUCGCCUCUUUGUGGUUUCAAACUCCAGAAAGCAGCGUACGAUCAUUAUUUCAUGAUCCUAAAGGAUCUCACAAUGACAUAACGCUGGCCAUCUUUGUUAUUCUAUAUUUCUUUCUUGCUGCCGCUACUUUCGGUCUAUCAAUGUCGAGUGGCCUUUUCAUCCCUUCCCUGUUGAUUGGAUCUGCAUGGGGUAGAUUAAUUGGGUCGGCCCUUUCGAGAAUUUGUCCAGAUUGUGAAGUAUUGGAUCCUGGUAAAUACGCUUUAUUAGGUGCUGCUGCACAAUUAGGAGGAGUAGUUAGAAUGACGAUAAGUUUGACCGCGAUCUUGAUAGAAGCGACACAGGGAAUAUCUUUCGGUUUACCUGUCAUAAUAGUUCUUAUAAUGGCUAAAUGGGUUGGUGAUUUCUUUAAUGAGGGAAUUUAUGAUAUUCAUACGCAAAUGGCUGGUAUUCCAUUACUUCCAUGGGAAUCGCCACCACUGUCAAAUAAUAUUUAUGCAAGUGAGAUAAUGAGUCAUCCAAUAGUAGCUCUAAAAACUGUCGAAAACGUAGGACAUAUCGUCGAACUUUUAAAAUGCGUUACAUUCAAUGGAUUUCCUGUGGUCGAUCCGCCAAGUAGCGAUCAGGCUGAGAUCAAUUCUUACGGUCGAUUUCGAGGUCUGAUAUUGCGUUCACAGUUAAUAGUACUUUUGAAAAAUAAAGUAUUUAAUGAAUACGCGGAAUUUUGGGAGAAGUCUUUAAGUAUAAAAAUGUUUAGAAACGAGUAUCCUAGAUAUCCGACUAUCGAGCAAGUCGCCAUUACUGAUGAAGAAAAAACUUUUACGAUAGACUUGAGACAUUUUAUGAAUCCUUGCCCUUAUACAUUACAACAUUCUGCAACACUGCCAAGAACAUUCAGACUCUUUAGAGCAUUAGGAUUACGUCACGUACCAGUGGUAAAUGACACAAAUGAGGUGAUUGGUAUUAUUACGCGAAAAGAUGUUGCCAGGUUCAGGAUAUGGAAACAUCAAGGAAGAAUGGGGUUGGAUGAACUUUUAAUCACUAAUAAAAUUUAAUUUUUAAUUUUUUUUUACUUUUUUUAUAGAUUUUAUAACAUUUAAAAUUCUCUUUAAGCUCGUUGUAACAUUUAAACAUAGUUUAUUGGGUUGCCUAAAUUUAAAAAAUUUAGGGAAAUCUUUUACACAUAUAUAAUAUAUAUAUUAUACAUGUGUAGAAAUAUAUAAAAAUGCACAAUUGCAUCACAUUUACAUA